CUCUCUUUCUCUCUUUCUCUCUCUCUCUCUCUCUCUCUCGACGUGCGACCGCGCGUACUUCGGUGUGUGACAUUGACGUCGGCUGAUGCAGUGUGGUGGCGUGGUGCGUGUCUACCGCCGCGCUUCUGCCUCUCGGUCUCGCCUCUGUUGUCUCCCUUUCGCUUUCUCUUUCUCUCUCUGUCUCUCUUUCUCUCACUCACUCCAUCUCGGACUCCUAUCCUCUUUCUCUCGCUGUCUUUCUCUUUCUCUCUCUUUCUCUCCGGUGUCCUCUCGCGUGCGAGAAAAAUCUGCCCCCGCAUACUCUCUCGUGUGUGUUACGGGGAUCCCCUUCCGAGGAAAGGAUCCGGUGUUACGGCGUGGAAACAUGGGGAGUGGGACAUGGUUGUGUAUGAAUUCUACUGACGAGCUGCAAUGAAUUUCCCGCCGUUCGGAGGUCACUUCCCCAGCACUAUACCGAGCAUUCAUCAGUUUGCGACUGACAGCUCCAGCGGCACGGGCUCGCGUUACAAUCAUUUUCCCAACCAGCCUCCGAUCGGAGUGCCGGUUGUGGGAAAGUACCGUCCCGAGAAUAACGGCAUUCAGUCCGCACAGUCGCAAGUGAUGAUGAACAAUAAAGUCAGCUACCCAAACAGUAAUGUUCAUCAUUAUCCGAAUGUAUCUUAUUCUCAAGCCCAAUCCGUUCAACAACGGCCGACCAACUCGCCUGGAAUACAAGAGAAACGAUCCUAUCAUCAGCAAUCAACAGAAACAAUAAAUCAACAAGAUGUUUGCAAUCUUCUUCAAGAUAAGGACAAGAACAAAGAAAAGAAAGCGGAGGAGCAACAACGUAACGGAGAGACCACCACAAAUGGUGGUCAGCAGGAUUACACGAUGCAUCAGCAUCAUCAGCAGCACGCUCACACCCAAACGCCAGCUACCAUGCCCGCUACGUGGCAAUCCCUCGCCACUCCCGGAUCCACCGUGGCUGAUUAUCUCAGUCACUUGCCAGCCAGCACUUUACCUCUAAGUUUACAUCAUUUUUUGAAAUACUCCGCCGAAAGUAUCAAGAAGGAAUCCGAAAUGCAAACGACCUCGGUAGCUGUGGCGACCACAACGACGCCCAAUAUAAUGAUGUCGCCGAACAAUAAGAAGAAGAAAAAAAAGAAGACGCCGAAGGAGAAGAAGCCACGUCCGAAGCCCGGCGAGAUACGUCUGACAACCGCACUGGACGGUUCCACGUUGUACUGCUGUCCCGAGUGCCACAUGGCUUAUCCGGAGAGAGAGUUGUUGGAGCAGCAUCUUCUAGGUCACACUUUGGAAAGAAGAUUCGUUUGCGACAUAUGCGGCGCCGGCUUGAAACGAAAGGAUCAUCUCACGCGUCACAAACAGAGCCACAAUCCCGAGAGGCCUUACGUUUGCACAGUCUGCUUGAAGGCGUUCAAGAGGAAGGAACAGCUAACGCUACAUUUUGUAAUACAUUCCGGCGAGAAGCGGCACGUCUGCACCGAAUGCGGCAAAGGAUUCUAUCGGAAAGAUCAUUUGCGGAAGCACACCAGAAGUCACAUCGCGAGAAGAGUGAAAGCCGAACUAAGUCAAAACGCUGGAACACAACAGAAUCAACAGCAAAAUAACGUUUCGAGUAUGCAAACGACCACCGUUUCGGCGUCGUCUGUUCUUCCGGGUGGACAUCCGGGUCCCCUCCUGUCCUGAGCCCCGCCACCAGGGAACUUCCAGGUUCCCCACCCGAACAACAUUCUCCAUACGCAUACUUCGCAUCAUUCGUUGCAUCAUCAUCAUCUGACGGCGGUCAAUGUAGCGCAUCAAUCGAGCGUCACACCGCUCGCUACGUCCGGUCAUUAUCAGUCACAUGAGCUUAGCUUUUUGGGACACGUUAAAGAUUUCUGAGACGAGAAGAAGACCUCGUCAAAGAGGUAACGACAAGAUUUUGAUCGACUGCUGUCGUUAACAGUAUAGUUACUGACUGACCUAUAUGAUUUUGAAUCUAGUGAGUUUUGUACGAACGUAUAUUUCGCUAUCUCGUGUGCUUCUCAAAAGCUUCCUAUGUCUCGUCUUGCCAACGUAACCGAACGUGUGACGUUUUUCCUUUUUUUUGUGCAAGUCGACUCGGCCGACUUGGCGCGUCUUGUACUUUUGUGAUUUUCACAUAUUUUCACGCGUAUACAUAUAUUUUCAGUAUUGUUCUCAUCAUGGAGUUAUACAAGUAGAGACGCGGCACGCGGUGUCUCGCGCGUCAGGUACAAUAGCGAGAAAAUCGCGAGACGUUAAGAUACAUAUGUAUAUGUAUCUUAAAAGCUUUCUUUUUCGAAACAAUAAUGUGUAGAGAAUAUUAAAAAAAAAAA